GGCACUGCUUUGACUUUAUUUUCUCUUUGCGUGUUCAUGUUUCCCCACCAGCAUUUAUUGUAUACAUACACAUGUCGUUACCUCCACAAACGAUUACAUAUUUCUUAAAUUAAUCUCCUCGUCAAUUUAUUUGCUUUAAAAGUUUCUCUCUUAGUGGAAAACAUGUCUUCUGAGUCCCAAAUAAAUUAUAAUUUUGUAUUAAUCAAUCCUCCUUGAGAUUUCAUAAUUGGUUUGCUAACCCGUGGAUGGAGGAAUUGAUUCUCUGCUUCUCCAACCAAUCAUACGUUAUUUUAUCCCAUAUUAGGGUUCAUGGAUUAUGGGAGUAGCAACCCAGAAGCCAGACAAGGAAUUCCACUUAAUCGAGCAAGAAGUUUAGGCACUUCAUUUAGAAGAAACUCAUUUAACUCUUCUGUCGAUCAGCCUCCCCAAACUGAUCACGAUGCUGAAACCGAGAGUGUGUCAGAGGCAGGAGACAUAGGAGAUCGUGCUCUUUACAGCAACAGAUUUAGUGAUAGUGAGCGUUUUAGCUUGUCUCUUGAUCGUGCUUUAGAGAAUGGUGGAAUAAUUGCACCUAUUCCAGAGAACAUCUUCUUGCAAUCCUAUGGAUUUCGGGGUCGUGAGUCUGCAACAUUUAAUACUACUGCUGUUUCUUCUGUGCCACCUCCAGGAGAGGAAAAUGUAGUUCAUUCUGAAGACACAAAGCAAGAAAGCAAGAGAAAGCUGUCCAAGCUGUUGGAGUAUGUAACCUGCCUUGUUCAUCUUGCUGUUUUUGGAAUUCUUGGGGUCUUGACUAGGUAUGGACUACAGAAGUUGUUUGGUCCAGAGAAUGCAAACGUUACCAGCAACGAGACGAUUCUGUAUCCUGAUCUUCCUUCCAAUAUGGUGGGAUCAUUCUUGAUGGGAUGGUGGGGUGUGGUAUUCAAAGGAGACAUAUCUGACAUUUCAGAUUAUCUAGCCAUUGGACUAACAACGGGUUACUUGGGAAGCCUAACAACAUUCAGCGGAUGGAAUCAGAAAAUGUUGGAUCUCAGCGUCGAUGGCCACUGGCUCUUUGCAAUCCUUGGUUUCCUCAUAGGCUUGUUUCUGGUGGCCUACUCAAUAAUCUUUGGAAUAGAGACAGCAAAGGGCUUCCGGUGGAUUUUGAGAAGAAAAGAUAUAAGCUGCAGUUGGUGCUGCAAAGUGGACAGUUACAAGCGCCACAUUGCAGCAAUGAUGGGGUUUUCCCUCAUACUAAUUCUACUAUGGAGCGUGAGUGGGAGUCUGCUAGAUAAAGAUUUCAGCAGGGGUAAGGGGGCGGAGCUGUGGGUGGGUUGUCUGGUGGGGCCAGUGGGGGUGUGGGUGCGGUGGUUCUUGGCCAGGCUGAAUGGGCGUGGAGUGGGGCGGUGGAAAUGGGUGCCGAUUGGGACUCUAAUAGCAAAUGUUUCGGCGGCGUGUGUGAUGGCAGCGCUGGCGACGGUGAAGAAAGCGGUGAAAACGGAGAGAGUGGAGACAGUGGCGAGUGGGAUGCAGCUGGGGCUGUUGGGUUGUUUGAGCACGGUGUCAACUUUUGUUGCAGAGUUCAAUGCGAUGAGGUUGAGCGAGGAGCCAUGGAGAGCAUAUGCAUAUGCGGCCCUCACGAUGGUCAUUUCCUUUGGAUUUGGCAUCUUGAUUUACUCUGUGCCCGUCUGGGCCAAGGGACUCAAUGAGUAAUGGUAAUGUAAAGCCCCAGUUUGCAUUUUUUUUCCUUAAUAUUUGGUUAAGUUGUUUAGAAACCAUGGUAGUUUUGAGUUUUAGUUAGUCUUUUUUGGGUGGUUUUAAAGGAAUCCUCCUUGAUGAUUUUUAUCCGAGAAUGUAAUUAGGAAGAAGUAAAUAAGUUUUAUAGAGACAGUCUCUAUGUUGAAUAAAUUACUAAUUUUAUUGUGAUUGUACGUGAUAGAUAAGAUAUCUAUUAGAUAUCAA